GGAUUGUUGUAUGUAUAGGGAGGAUAGGAUAGACAGGAUAAUGUGAGGGCUGGGAUAUAUGUAAUUUGUCUUCAUUAAUAUAUUUAAAACAUUAACAACUGCUCUCAGAUUGUUGUUGGAAUUGAUUUUGUUGGGGGUAAUUAUUGGGCAAGAGGGCAUUUUAUAAACUUUCUGAGAAAAUUGGUGCUGGGCAGUCAGAUAAGGGUGAAUCUGCAAAUAGGAUUUAAAGGAGAAGGAAACACUAAAAAUGGCAUAUUUUAUAUAGUGAACUUAUUGCCCGAGGCUAAAGUUUCAGCUUGUCAAUAGCUUGUCAAUAGCAGCAGUGAUCAAGUCCAAUAUAUUGUGGUGAACAAUCAUAGAAAUCUGUCUGUCUCUGGUUAAUUGUGCGCAGGUCUAAGUUUUUCCUUCUGUGCAAAGGAACCUAGUGAUGACUAGAAAACAUGACACUGGUUUUUCUAUUGGUGGAAAAAUACUAAAGGUUUAGCAAUGGUGUGAGGACAUCACAUGUGACCCACAAGUCAUCACUGGUGGAGAAGAAAGAAGCAGAGACAAGACAUGUGUAGGGCUCAGACUUUCUAUUCUGUUUGCCCAGAGCAGAGGACUUGAAGAAUGGAGAGAGGGAGGAGAGAUGCCAUGGACUGAUACUCACACUGAGGACAAAAUCCAGUGACUCAAUACAUUUUAGAGUUUUCUGAGGAAGUCGACUCAAAAUCUCCAGAAGAAUUCUUUCACACCAGCAAUGAAAUAAUCACCCAUGGGGAAACAAAUGUUUCAUUUUCUGAAGUUCCUCACAAGGCAACUUUGGUGACUUUGGAAAGCUGAAGCGACUCAUAUGUUUUUCCAUGUGUGAUUCGCAUUAUUGCCGUUGGUAAAGCAUUCUCUGAAGAUUUGUCGCCCACAGUAGCGCAAAUGUAACCUCACCGCAAGUGACAAAUCUCCCCUUGGUCCAUGGGCCUAAAGGGUGUAAGAGCACUGGGCAAUGGGUUCUAGAGCAGACACUGUGCACCAGUUGCAGGUACAGGGCUCCACAGUAUAUCAGGGAAUCCAUAGGGACACCCAUGUGCUACCCCCAGCUCUGUAUUCACUAAAACAUCCAUUCAAUCCAUCCAUCUAUGGGUGACAAUCUGCACCUGUUUUUUGCCUCCUGACCCGGCUCCACACGUCAGAAAUGCAGCCCAUAGAGUCAUGUAAUUCUCAUAAUACACAUUGAAAGGGGACAAGAAGAAUUACUCAUUACACACCACUAAAAUAGACAAAAAGUUGUCUUUUAUUAAUAAUAAUAAUAAAAAUAGCUCUUAUACAAAGUUUACAAAUAGUUUCGUCCCAGGGUGCAAAUUAAGGCUCCAUUAUCCCAUGCUAAUUAAGAUCCAUUGAUAAACAUGUGACUAUGCUAAUGAAGGUCGUUAGGGAACAAGAACUCAUCAGUCUUCCUUUACAUAUUGUGGGGAAACCUUUUUCCCAAAACAAAGGCACGGCCCAUAGUUCUUUGUUGUAAGUAGUUGAAGCAGAUCCAGGCUUGGGGGGAUCCAAAAUGGGAUAAAAAGGUGUGAGAAUGAGAGGUGAGUUAGUUUGGGGAAGAGACGUGUGGGUACAGGAGCUCUGCAGGCUAAUGAGGAGACUCUGCCCAAGGACAGUCAGAUGAAACAAUGGACAUCUCAUACAUUCAGAACAAUAUCUGCACAUGGAGACACAUGGGGUCGGUCUAAUCACAAGUUCCAGAGAGAAGAAGGAGAUGCAGAAGAUCCCAGAGCAGCAUUAAGCAGCAGAGGUUCCAAGUAAGAGAAUCCAGGGAUUUCUGGGAUUCCUUAGAUCCAGCCAAGGAGCCGUUACAGGUGCAGGACAUAGAAUAAAGCAGAGACACCGUGUGACUCAGGAAUAGGAUAUCAGGUCUCUCAGCAAAACCAAAUAGCAGCAGAUCUUCUUGUCUGUCAGUUACAACAAGUCGUAAGACAAAAGAGGCCGAGGUGCAACUUUGUAGCACAAUGGAAUGUGAGCAGCAACACAACAGUCUUACAGGACAUCAGAAGGUUAUCAAAGAAGAGAAACAAAGUAAUGAAGAAUAUGGCAAACUGUCCUCUUCAGAUCUGACCCUUCUUAUAGAUCACACAGGGGAGAAAUCAUUUCCCUGUAAUGAAUGUGGAAAAGGCUUUUCUACAAAGAAGAACCUAAAAAUUCACCAGACAGUUCACACAGGGGAGAAACCCUUCACAUGCACAGAAUGCAGCAGAUGCUUUUCCAGAAAAUAUCACCUCAUACGUCACCAAACCGUUCACACAGGGGAGAAACCCUUCAUAUGCUCUGAAUGUGGAAAAUGUUUUUCUACAAAGCGACAGCAUACAAUUCACCACAUGACUCACACAGGGGAGAAACCCUUCACAUGCGCAGAAUGCAGCAAAAGCUUUUCCACAAAACAUCAGCUCAAACGUCACCAAACAACUCACACAGGGGAGAAACCCUUCACAUGCAUAGAAUGCUGCAAAGGCUUUUCCACAAAACAUCAGCUCAAACUUCACCAAAGACUUCACACAGGGGAGAAACCCUUCAUGUGCUCUGAAUGUGGAAAAAGUUUUUCUACAAAGCGACAGUGUAGAAUUCACCACUUGACUCACACUGGGGAGAAACCUUUCACAUGUACAGAAUGCAACAAAAGCUUUUAUACAAAAUGUGAACUCAAAAUUCACCAGACCAUUCACACAGGGGAGAAACCCUUCACAUGCACUGAAUGCAGCAAAGGAUUUUCUACAAAGCAUAGGCUCAAAAUUCACCAUAGAAUUCAUACAGGGGAGAAACCUUUUACUUGUACAGAAUGCAACAUAGGAUUUUCUACAAUGCAUCUGCUCAAAAUUCACCAGACAGUCCACACAAUGGAGAAAACUUUCAUGUGCACAGAAUGCAACAAAAGCUUUUAUACAAAACGUGAACUCAAAAUUCACCAGACCAUUCACACAGGGGAGAAACCCUUCACAUGCACAGAAUGUGGCAAAGGAUUUUAUACAAAGCAUCAGCUCAAACGUCACCAGGCAGUUCACACCGGGGAGAAACCCUAUACAUGCACAAAAUGUGGCAAAGGCUUUCCUACAAAGCAUCACCUCAAACGUCACCAGGCAGUUCACACAGGGGAGAAACCCUUUAUGUGUGAAGAAUGUGGCAAAUGCUUUUCUACAAUGCAGCCACUCAAAAUUCACCAGAAAGUUCACACAGGAGAGAAACCCUUCACAUGCACAGAAUGUGGCAAACACUUUUCUACAAAAAAGGCUCUCAAAAUUCACCAGACAGUUCACACAGGGGCACAACCCUUCACGUGUACAGAAUGUGGCAAAUUCUUUUCUAGAAAGCAGAACCUCAAAAUUCACCAGAGAGUUCACACAGGGGAGAACCCCUUUAUGUGUACAAAAUGUGGAAAAUGCUUUUAUUCAAAGCAGAACCUCAAAAUUCACCUAGCAGUUCACAUAGGGGAGAAACGCUUUAUGUGUACAAAAUGUGGAAAAUGCCUUUCUUCAAAGCAGAAGCUCAAUCUUCACCACAUGACUCACACAGGGGAGAAACCAUUCACAUGUACAGAAUGCGGCAAAGCCUUUUCUAGAAAGAAUACACUCAAAAUUCACCAAACUGUUCACACAGGGGAGAAACCAUUCACAUGUACAGAAUGUGGCAAAGGCUUUUCUAGAAAGGAUCAACUCAAAAUUCACCACACUGUUCACACAGGGGAGAAACCAUUCACAUGUACAGAAUGUGGCAAAGGCUUUUCUAUAAAGCGAAACCUGAAAAUACACCAGAUGACUCAUACAGGGGAGAAACCAUUCACAUGUACAGAAUGUGUCAAAAGCUUUUCUAGAAAGGAACAACUCAAAAUGCACCAAACUAUUCAUACAGGGGAGAAACCAUUCACAUGUACAGAAUGUGGCAAAGGCUUUUCUACAAAGCGAAACCUGAAAAUGCACCAGAUGACUCAUACAGGGGAGAAACGCAAAGGGAGAGAACGCAAGUAUCCCUGAAUAAAUAGCUGUCAUUUAUUCUAGAGUUAUUUGUAUCCUGCACUGCAGCUUUUGUUUUGAAACAAUAUAACAUGUCAACUGUAUGAGGUGCAGUUUGUUCUAAAUACAUUUUGUAUCCAAAAAUAUCCCAGAAUAAAUGUCUCUGAGGGUACAAGUAUUUGUCACUUAAUACACAGAUAAAAAUAUUCAACAGACCUAAAAAAAAUAUACAAAAUACCUAUUUCAAUUGAGAAUAAAAUCUGGUUUGUGCACAAAAGAGUUUAAUUAUUUUACAAAUUGUAUUCUAUAAAUUUUGACAAUCAAUCUGUCUCACAUAUGAAUAACAUCCAUGUAACAAAUGCAGUUUAUGUGUAAAGCUACUUACAGAAAUAAUUGUGUACAAACAAACUUGGACAGAAUAUAUACUGGUGUAAUUAACUAGUAGAUGCCAUGCUAGAUUUUAAUGACAAAAUAGAUGCUUGUGAUCAGUGCUUGAAUUGGGGCGGGAUGCGGCGGGAUGGCAUCCCGUUACUUUUCUAAAAUGGCUGAUCUCCAUCCCGUCAGAUGGAACGAAUUAUAAUACCGGAGCUAUGUGGGGGUCGUGUUUUUUAAAACGUCCCUUUUGUUUUUGUGCUGAUUGACAGAUGUUCUGUCCAGUUCCGUGAGGGCGCCAAAUUAGACAGUAUUGUAUUGCCUGGGCGGGCCCUAGAAAUUAACAAAUCGGCUGGCUGCGCAAUGCAGGACGCACCAGAAAGUGAGCGAGAGGAUGGCAAGUGUUGCCGGGGGAGCGUGCGCCGUGUGGGCGGAGUUAGAAGAUGAGAGUGCGCCCAGUGGGGAAGUGGGUGGGGGCGUGCAUAGAGUCUUCGCUCCAGUAUAUGCAGCUACCGGUGAGUACUGUGUUCCAACUUCCUAUUGAUAAACGGCAACUGAAUGUUUGUGUGGGGAAGCGGGCAGAGUGGGCUUUUCACAACGGGAACGAGGCACUUGAGUUUUUCUCCUGUAUGUGCCGUGAUGUUGCGGGAGCUCAGCUGGGAUGGGCGUGAUUGGUGUGAGCGAGUGUACAACAUCCUGCCAAUGUGACAUGCUUGCUGCGUGUGUAUAAUUUGUGUGUUUGUGUAUAGUGUUUGUGUGUGUAUGUAUAGUGUGUAGUCUGUGUAUGGUCUGUGUAUAUUGUGUAUAGUGUAUGUGUGUAUAGUGUGUGUAUGUAUGUCCACCAGCCUGCCGGGUCUCCACAUUGGCCAGUUUGUCUGUCUGUCCAGUGUUCCAGUCUCUUCCUACUGCAAUCGCCUGUACAAGUAUGUGGGAUAGUGACUUGUUUUGUAGAAAACAGGAACCUGCCAGGCAAAACAGGCUCCGUGACCUGGUAUCCGUGUAUGUGCCUGACAAGUAGCUUUAUGUGGGAUUGAGCAGGAGAGACUGUCCCCUGUAUGGUUGGUCCUCGUAGAGCAUCAGUCAUGAGUGGGAACCAGUAUUCUGGAGUCAGUA